AGGCAGUGAUCGAAGCAAACUCAACCACAACUCACCGAAAUUCGAUAGAUCGAUCAGCAUUCACUCACUUCAAUCGAUUGCCGAUUUAUCAACAUGUCCGCCAAACCCAUGACCGCCGCUGCAGCCAUCAUGGCCUCUAAUGCUAACAGACAGAGCGCCCCUUCGCCCACUCCUGCUCCAGCAACAAAAACUCAAGCAAAUCAGGCCUCACAACUAACCGAACUCGAGCCCGAACUCCCGGUCGAAAGCCUAAAAGUCGACAGUCUGGCUGUCAUGAAAAUCAUCAAACAUGCUCGUGAAGUCGCUCUGUCAAGUGCCACCUCACCCGCCUCUGGUCAACUCCUAGGUAUCGAUAGCGCUGGUGUAUUGAACGUUAGUGAUGCUUUCCCACUACCAUCAGGUAGCUUGGGAAGCAAUGCAGAAGGCGAAGAUAAACAAGCCAGUCAAAAGAGCACUGCCCGGUAUACUGCCUCAAUCCUACCUCGUUUGUCGGCAUUGGGUGCGGAUGCCAACGUGGUCGGAUUCUACUGUUCGACCGUCAAUGGCCAACAUUGUGCCACACCCGGGUUCAUCGAAACUCUGAUCUCCAUGCAAAUUGGCGCCCCGCCUGCUGCUAAUCCUAAGACUAAAACCGUGACAAGUGUUAGAUCUAAGAUCGCUGGUGGCAAAGGAGUCGCUCUCGUUUACGAUCUCGCGAGUGCUACCGAAGGCACUGUUCACCUGAAAGCCUACAGACUCUCCAAGGAAUUCAUCGAGACCUACAAGAGCGGGAAGUUUGACUCUCAAAACCUUGCCAAUCACAAAUUAACAACCUCAAACUUCUUACAAGAAAUUCCGUUGAACAUCCAAUCCUCGGCACUCUUGACGGCCUUCUUAGCGACUCUGAUUGCCCCAUCGAAGACGGGUGGACAGAGCGGCUCGGUAUCGAACGGUUCAUGGGGUCAGACGAGCACGGGUAGCACGUGUAAAUUGGUCGACUUCCUACCCUCAUACUCACCCCUCGGCACGCCCUCGUCGAGCUGUGCCGAUUCCCCCUUAUCCUUAUCCGAGAGUCUCGCAGCCACCAUCGCUAGCAUCGAUACCCACAACACCGCCUUGAGUACCCUUAGCUUCCAGAUCCGUCAGUUGGCUCGUGAUCGGGCUCGUCUGGAAUCAGUCAUCAACAAACGUAAGGCCGAGAACGAGACACGUGCUCAACAGGGUCUUCCACCUCUCCCACCAUCCGCUGAAGAGGCUAGUUUGAAGGAGCCUUCCAGGUUGGAAUCAAUGUGUGCAUUGUCUGGGGUCGAUUCGGCGGCCAAGAAGUUGACUGAAAGUAGUGGUCUGAAUGUUGUUCGAGCCUUUGGCGCAAAAGCCGGUGUUGCAAACUAGAACUGAAUCAUUGUCCAGAUCUCUCACCUAAUUACAACCCCCCUAUUUGCCAUACCCUCACCAUAUUCUUUUGGUUCAGUGGAGAUUCUUCUGUUCCUACCCCUUCUUCUCAAGCCUUUCUGUUCCAUUUUUUACUUGUUCUUUGUUUUGUUUUCUUGUUGAUGAAGAGACUUACUCUUCCUCUCUUACUGAUGACAAAAAACAGUCAAAGGGGGAAACAGAUCUUUUGAUAGAAUACAAUAGAAAAGGUGAUAUUUUUUUGGUCUUGCUUGCAUAAACAUAUCUCUUUUUCUCUAUUGGUAUACAUAUGUUGAACCUAGACUUGGCAAUCAUU